GACAUGGGUCGGUUGGAGAUUUGGUACGCAGUCUUCCCCAUUGACACUUAUGCUACUUAUUACAAAUCUAGUUUGACAGUCUGGACUGUAAGAAUUCUCUAUUAUUUAUUUAAUGUAUUUCAGUCUAGAUUCUGUACAGCCCGUAUGACCAAGGCCGAGGAAAUAAGUGAGGUGACAACUUAAAUUAAGAGGGGAAUUGUGAAUUUUACCUCUUGAUGUCAGUUUUUGUAGCGGAAAAUCGUCUACCCCUACGUUGACUAUUUGGGGGACAUUUCUGUGAAGUACCCAGGUCGAAUGCGCAGAUGUUAACAUGCAUUUUCAGAAAUCUCACAAGUAACAGACCUAAGCGUAUAUGACCCAGAACUGCUAAAGUAUUCGAAGUGGUAAUGGACAAUAGGUGCUUUCAUCUAGUUCGCAUUCGUGUCUAUCAGGGUCACCAAUGACUCCCAGUAGGGAUUUCCCAAGUUUAGAUUUAAUUUGCUCGUUUUGCUUAAUUCAAAUUAAACAGCUAGUUUAUAAACUAUAUGAAUGUACUGUAAAGUUUGCGUUGGUUAGUUUGGAUUAGUUAUAAGAGCGUCACAUACUUAUUCUCUUGCUUAUAGGCAUGGUAAGUACUAUGUUUAUAAACCUAUUUUCGUGAAGGCUAUUAGUGUCGUCCGUUAAGGUUCUAAAGGUGUUAUAAUAUAAACAAUCUCCACAUAUCACAAAGGCACUGUAACAUGUUUAUGUUAGUGCAUUAGUAGAUAUUACACGGUAAAUUAGUCCUUCGCGUGUAAAAAUACGUUUUCCAAUAAGUUCAGAGCAAUUUUUCAUAUAAGGUUGUAUUCAUUACCUUUUAGGCUAGCGAAAUAUAUUCAAGAUGGCAUACCUUCGAACUGGUGCAGAAUUUAUAUCAUCGUAUCGUUCCAGUCUUAAUCGGAUGAGUGAACUUCAAAAAAAGAUAAAAAUGUUCGGAUUCAACAAUGCUUAUUAUAAUCAGGUUGGACUUUUGAAACAUGAUUGGCUACCUCAUAGUCCUGUUUGGCGCGAGGCUCUCCGUCGACUUCCGCGCGAACUACAGGAAGCUAGGGACUUCCGAAUUUCACGAGCGACUCAUCUCUACGCUUCGAAAAAUAUUUUGCCGAAGGAAGAGUGGACAACCGUUGAAGAUGAUAUCCCAUACUUGGAUCCGUACGUUGAAAUUGUCGUUAAAGAACUGAAUGACCGAUCAAACUGGGAUAAUUUUGUCAACCCCGAAAUAUAUAAUGAAUAA